GUCAGUGGUUCUCAAUGUUUACUGUCUUCAUCAAAGUCGUGGCCGCUGUAGUUAAGAGACCAUACGAAACGUCAGUCCAUUAAAAGCUACAAAGGCAUUCAGCCUUUUGUCUUAAACCCAGGAACGAUGGUGUUUAUGUCACUGAAUGAUUACCUACAAAGGGUCAUGGGAGCCUUCUACAAUCAAGAUGGAGAUGCCCUUGGGGAAUUAAUAUCCUUCAGAGAUCCACAUGCUAUGAGUCCACAACUCAUGCUUGAGAAACCUGAGCGUGAUGUUGAGCGAUGCAUAGACCCCUCAUUGUCAGAGGUUAUUGCUGCCCAUUUAAGAGCUGUUUGGGCAGCUGGAAAUGGAGAUUGCAUCGAGGCAUGGAAAACACAAAUGCUUGUAGUACAGGCAGUGUCCCGUUUUAUGUCUGAGUUCAAAGAGGAGAACUGGAUGCUUCCGGUUAUGUACACUGCCUGCUUAGACUUGAGACUUUAUGCACUUGCAGCAGAUUAUAAGCUAACAAGAUCAGGUGUCAGUAAAGCUGGUGAAACUCUAGAAAAAGCUGCCGAGGCUCUUAUGAGUUGCUUCAGGGUGUGUGCAGCAGAUACACGAGCUGGUGAAGAAUGUACAAAAAGGUGGGGCUUGUUAUAUCUUGUAAAUCAGUUUUUUAAGAUUUACUUCAAGAUCAACAAACUGAAUUUGUGCAAGCCUAUGAUACGAGCCAUAGAAGCACAGACAUUUAAGGAUAGGUACUCAUUGUCUCAGCUCAUCACUUAUAAAUAUUACACAGGAAGAAAGUAUAUGUUUGAUUCUGACUUCAAAUCAGCUGAUGCCACACUGUCAUUUGCUUUUGAGAGAUGCCACAUAGGAAGUCGCAAGAACAAACGCCGAAUCCUCAUUUAUCUCAUCCCUGUUAAAAUGUUGCUGGGUUAUCUUCCUAAAGACUCCUUGAUGCAAAGAUAUAAUUUGCCUGAAUUUCGUGAUGUGGUUGCUGCAGUACGCCAAGGAAAUGUAAGACUGUUGUCUGAAACCCUUGCAAAGCAUGAGAGCUUCUUCAUUGGAGCUGGAAUUUAUUUAAUUCUGGAGAAACUCAAAAUCUUAGCCUUCAGGAAUCUCUUCAAGAAAGUGUUCCUAAUUAUGGGUUCGCACCAGAUUGAAAUCACAUAUUUCCUGCAGUCUCUUAAGUGGAUGUGUGUCGAAGAUGUAGAUUUAGAUGAGACCGAGUGCAUCCUGGCUAACAUGAUCUACGAAGGCCGCAUGAAAGGUUACAUUUCUCAUGCUCACCGCAAGCUUGUUGUCAGCAAGAAGGAUGCAUUCCCACCUCUAAGUGCUUGUUGAGGUUAUUGUUACUUUCAGGAUUCCCAAAUGUUCUAAAGUACAAUUGCAUCGCAUGAGAAAUGUUAUUGCCAGUAGUAUUUUUCCAAUAUAUUCAUUAGGCCAUCAGUAAGUCAGUAUCACUACUGGCUAAUUCUUGGAGAGUUUCUUUGGCUGCACUUCAGAAUGCCAAAAAUACUGCAUAUUCUUUUUAAAAAAAUAAAAAUUAAGAAUUC